AUGGAAAAUAACACGACAGUAAACCAGUGCCAUCCUGCAACGAUGGGUCACUUCAUGGUCGCAUUGAUGUUAAUUGCAAUGCCAUUUCAUAUUCUGAUUUCAUAUACGCUUGCAAAAGACAGCACACUGUUUCUGCCGCGGCACAGAAUCCUGCUCUGCCUCUCCAUUUCGCAUGGAUUUCAGCUAACGAUACCAUUUGUAUCAACAGUUAUCAUGAAAUUUGGAAGCUUACAUGCCCAAGGAACUCCCUGUCAAGUGAUGCGGAGCAUCGUUCAGUUUAGUGCAGGGGUGACCAUUGUGGUCUCAGGUUUUACCUUGAUUGCAUUGUCAGUGGAACGCUAUAUUGCUUGCAUUCACGGUGCUCGAUUGCAUCAGAUUGUAACAAAUCAAAGAGUUACUUCUUUAUUGGUGGGUUUCUGGUUUCUUGGAGCUGUUAGUGGAGGAUUGAUCUUCAUAGGUAAGCAGAAGACCGUGGUUGCAUCCACAAUCCUCAGCGACACACCCAGUAUAAAAAUUUUGAUAGUCGUCAUUACGUUCCCAACAUGUCUGAUCCUCGUGUUUGUUCAAACUCGCCUAUUCAUAGUAAGUCGAAGACAGAUAACAAGGGUUAUGCCUGGUAUGGCUGGUAGGAGACAUCCGGAACAAAACAACAUGGGCAGGAGGCAGAUUAAGGUUGCUGUAAUCGCUGGCAUAGUGAUCAUCUCAUAUGUGACAUUGAUAAUCCCGAGCACAUAUCAUGUAGCUCUGGAUAUAGUGUCCAAUGGCCUGAAACCCAUGCCGCUCAAAUCGAAUCUUGUUGCUUUGUGGGCAGUAAAUGCCUUCGUCGACCCGUUUGUGUAUGGCCUAGGGAUGCUUGAUGUUAGGAGAGCCAUCAUCAGGCAAAUCAAAAUGAUUCGUUUGUGCACGCAGUAG